CCCACAUCCGGGUGCAGCAGGUUCAAUUGACCCCUUGUCGAUCACUUCGGGUCCCGUUUCCGCUCCACUGCACUCUCAUGUGCCCCCGCCGCCCAUAGCUUGCCUUGCCGCAGCACCCUCAGCAAACUCUAGGAGAGACAUGGACCGUCGCCAUGGCCAUAUGCCCCGUCGCCCCCCAGCACAAAAAUCGGUGUCCCUGCGCCAUAGCCCGCCCGCUCAGCUACCCCCAUCAACUUCCUUGGAGCCUCAACCGAGCACACUCAGACCCUCGAGCGUCUCCCCCCCUCAUAUAGACAAGAACCAGAGUUCUGGCGAGAGUAGCGAUGCUGGCAGGUGGUUUGAAAACAGCAACCACAACACCCAGCCCAUCACUUCACAACCCGUCGACAAUGACCCGCCAUUCUUCCUGCACAAUAACUCCUCCGGCUCGUCUUCCCCGCCCGACGCCCCCGACUCACGCGUGCCUCAAGCUGGUCCCUCCAUUCCCUACCGCCCUAGCGCGCGGCGUGUACCUACCGAUGGCAGCAGUACCGAAGACUAUAGAGGGGUGAUUGAUGACUUGACUAUUGCGAACAAAAAGCUGAAGCAGAAGCUGAAGAAGUACGAAAAGCUACACGAUGCGAAGCAUCAGGAUGAAAAACUCUUCGAGGUUCGAUUUCAUGGUCGCCUACCGGACCACAAGAAGAAGGAGUUGGAGGAAACUCUUCGCAAGUUCGCUCAAGAGCUUGAGAACGAUAAGCCAGAAGGCCGCCAUUCGCCUGUCCCACUUGCGACGCAGCAUGCUACUUCCAACCUGACCUAUCCUACAGAAUCCGGCUACGUAUCCAUGUCUGCUUCAGGCCAGAAUUCCAAUUCCGCCGCUCCUUCUGGCCACGACAGUGAUGCUCGCAACCUUUCGAAAACGCAAUAUAAUGACCGUCAGCAAAGCAUCCAGUCGUAUCUUCAUGACAUACCGGUUGGCCUGCUCCCCAAGCAUACUGCUCCAAUGAGCGAUAAAUCCAAGAAGAAGUUGGUCGUCCGUCGACUGGAACAGGUCUUCGCCGGUAAACGGUCGACGCCCGGGGUUCAUCCACAGCCCAUGCAGCAAGAAGAAGUGGCGCAAUCUGCAGCAACGGCCGAUCGGAAAAUCAGAGAAGCGGCCGGUCAACGGACGAAAGAAGGUCACCGAGAAGCGCUCAUCAUGCCGGUGCGACAUGAAGACGGUAUGACGGGAUCCGAGUCUGCGCACGCGGCAGCACAAGUACUGUUCCCUGCUUCGGCUGGGCAGGAGCAGAGUGGAAAUGGAUCGGGGUCUCCCGAUCAACGCCCAACUAGGCCUUUGGAUCUCGACCCUUAUCGUGCUCAAGUUCCUGCCGAAAAUUUGAAUUAUAUCCGGCAUCUCGGGUUUUCGCUUCCGGGAGACUCCACGUCCGGUGAGACACCGCAGGAUGGACAAGGUUGGAUCUAUCUCAAUCUCCUCAUCAACAUGGCCCAGCUUCACACGAUCAACGUCACCCCAAACUUUGUGAAAGAUGCUUUGACCGAAUACAGCUCCAAGUUUGAGCUGUCUCAUGAUGGGCGCAAAGUACGGUGGAGAGGUGGAAAUGAAUUGACACUCAACAGUGACAGCUCGUCGGAGCAGCUGAGUGGAAACUCGCAUUCUCCAGACGAUGUCGCUGCGUCGACAUCCCGAUCGCCCUCAAAGCUGAAGACGGAACCCGCUGGGAGCGCGGCCGAUCUUGCUGAAGAAGAAAGGCAAGCUCACCUUGCGGCGCGGGCGGCCAAGGAGCAGGACCGGAACAAAUUAGCCUACACACCUAUCUUCCCUCAUAAGCAAGAGUCGGAUGAGUCGGAUGAUCUGUACAACGGCAUGACGUCGUCGGGCGACUCACCUCUCCACCCACAAGCACACGCAGACUCGUCUGGUCUCGGCAGCUCAGGCCUGCGCAGUAGUUCAUCACGCAGGAAAAGAGACGACGGACCCAUGAUCUUCUACACCAAGGCCAAUUUCUGCACAGACUUGAGCGGGGACCGGAGUGGUAUGCCUGGCAAGCCGCGAUCUGAGUACAAAAGCAUUACCUCCCAGCCGCUUGGGGCAUCAUCCAGAGAUCCUCAUGAAGCAGUGCCUCGAACAGGAAUCGUGGAGCCAAGGGGCCCUAUGGAUCAUGCCAUGGAGGUUGAUUCUAAGGACGGUGAUGGACUUGGAACAUCAAGUGAAGACGACCAUGAAUUUGGGCUGACAGAGCUGCGACGCGAUGUAAGCGACAGCAGCACUUCCACUAUGGAGUUUGAAGCCUCUGGAAUCGGUGGUGUUCUGCCAGAGGACAACUUCGCCAUCCGUGUCCGACGAUCGCAAUCUCGUGGGACACCCGAUCGUAGCCUGCCGCAGAGGAGUCAUAAGCCACGGUUGUACCCUAAGAAGAUCCUGGACGCGCUGGAUGAAGAGCAGGCGGCGGAGUCUGAAGAUUCUGCGUCGCCUCAACCUGUGAUAAAUGAGCAGAUCAUUUCAACAUCCAGCAAGAUGCUGCCGAGCUCGACUCUCCCCCCUCCCUCUUUCCUUCCAUUUGACUCUACAUCAUCCGGUGAUGUGGACUCCGACCUUGAGUCGGAUGUUUCCUCCACGCCAUCGGAGUCGGCAGAGUCAGGCAGGCCGGUGAAAUCUGGAACGCCCGAACCAGCGAUGCAAUCUUAUCAGUAUGCCCAACCGCGCCGAGAAGAGGGCGCCGGGCGCGACUCAGAAGACUCAUACAGCAGCGCCGGGUUUCUCGCCAUCCACCCUCCCGUCGACCUCUCCACCAUGGAGCGAGCGGAUCGGGAAUUGGACGCUGAGUUCGCGGACCGGCUCGCAGCGGAGAUUCCAGCUGGGAGUUCCGCAGCCACGGCGGGCGGUGGCAGUGGAUUCAACAGUCCCAUCAACAUGCCCAUCUCGGAGGGCGGAGAGAGCAAGAGCAGCGGCAAGAAGGCCCAGCAGCAGCGAAGUAGCGCGAGCCCCACGUCGGCGGCGGCGAAGGCGAAUCUGAAGCGUGCAAGGACCAGCGAUAGUAUUCAGCAGGUGCUGCAGGAGCCGAGUAAGGCGAGGCGAAUGAGCUGAGCAAUUCCAACCACAUUGAAAGCGAAGGGUGUAAAACGAAGAGAGCAUGAAGCAAAGAAGAAAUGCACUUUGUAUCGGGUCACGACGCGUUGUACCACAUGGGCGAUCUCUGGGGCUUCCUGCAUCAUCAUUACGGCAUUUGUAGAAAUAUUGCUUUUCCUGCGGCGUAUCCUUGAUAUCAAUACC